AUGCUCUCGGAUACUGGGAAAGACAAUACGAAGGCAGAUUAUCUCCGAUCCGAAGCGAGCUCCCCCGUCUCCUCUUCUCCGGAAGCCGGGCAGUUAAGCAGGAGGCGGGACACCCAGACCACCAGCGGCAGCAUCCUUCCGGAGGAGAGCGGCAGCAUCCAGCCCCUGGUCUCCGCCGCCUGCAUCAUGACAUCGGGGGAGCUGAUGCAGAGCGCUCCGCUGCUGGCGCACCGCUCCAAGAGGAGCCUGCUGUACAAGGCGCUCUGCUUCCUUCUGCUCGUCUUCCAGGGCGGCGUCCUGGACUUCUACCUCAUCAUCUUCACCGACCUGUACUGGUGCUCGUGGAUUGCCACGGACCUGGUGGUGAUCUCGGGCUGGGGCAUCUUCUUCGUGAAGAACGCGCGGAGCAAGCGGGAGCGGGCCUGCGGCUUCCACCAGAAGAGCUCCAUGUUCGGCUGCAGCCUCGGGGAGUUCACCUACGCCUACCUGGCCUGGCUCAUAUACGUCAUCGCCUGCACUCCGAAGGUGGUGCUCAUCCUGGAGACGUCCAUCCUGGACCUGAUCGAGCUCAAGGUUCCGUGCGGGGUGACCGGCUUCAAGAUCGUCAUGCUGCUGUCCGCGCCGCUGCUCUUCUGCCUCAUCAACUCCAUCAUCGAGGACCUGAACGGGGCGACGCGGCACCGCUCCCACGGCUGCUUCAUGAGCACCUGCCUGGACCUGCUGGACAGCUUCACGUUGGUGGAGAUGCUGCUGAGGAACGAGAUCCCCGCCGCGUACCUCAAGUACACCGUGAUCUCGGUGUACUUCGUGGCGCUGGCCGUGCCGGUGGUCUGGCUCUACGAGCUGACGGCGGCGGAGCUGCGCUGCCGCUGGCUGUGGGCCCGCUUCUCCACGGGCCUGCUGGUCAACGCGCCCCUGCUGGUAGUGCGCUGUUUCCAGGUCUACGUCUACAGAAUGCCGGUGUCCGUGUUCAUGCUCAAAAACAUCUUCUUCUUGGCGUGUAAGUCGCUGGAGCUGGUGGAGCAGUGUGUGGCGGUGCGGGGGGUCCGGAGGCUGGCCGGCGGCGGCAACCCGGCCCAGUUCUCCCACUGCGUGUCCGAGAACGACAUGUGUCCGCACGGAUACGUCAACACCCUGGCCGUGACCCAGUCGUAGAGCCCGGUCCCUGGGCUGAAGACCGGGAGCCGCCUGCCUGUGUGGUGGCGGGAAAGUGGGGAAUUCGUGUUGCGUUCCAGACACAGCUGGGAAUGGUAAAAUUCUAAUUUGGUCCAAAUUACAGCUCCUGCUUCCAGAUAGCGGCUCUGGAUACAUACAGUUAUAUUACUAUAGGUAGAAAACGAAUUAUCAAGAUAGGAAAAACUUAAAG